GGCUCAUGGAGGGGCAGUCCCACCCCAGGGUGUCCCCAAGGCUGCGAGGGGCUGGAGGGGGAAUGUCCCACCCCAGGCUGGGACAAGGACAGUGAGGGGGCUGGGGAGGGGCUGGAGGGGGGUUGCCCCAAGCUCAGGGGGGCUGUCCCAGUGCCAGUGUCCCCAGGUUCAUGGAGGGGCUGCAGAGGGUCUGUCCCCAAGGCCGGGGGCUGGAGGAGGGCGGUGCCAAGGGGCCAUGGGGAGCUGAAGGGGGAUUAUCCCAACACAGCGUGUCCCCAAGCCCUGGGAGGACUGCAGGGGGGCUGGGGACAGUCCCAGUGCAGGGUGUCCCCAAGGCUGGGGCUCUGGGAGAGCUGUCCCAGGGCAGGGUGUUCCCAAGGCUGGGGGGACAGGGGGGCAGGGAGAGCUGUCCCUGGGCAGGGUGUCCCCAAGACCCUGGGAGGACUGGAGGAGAGCUGUGCCCAAGGCCAGGGGGGCUGGGAGGGCUGUCCCAGCACAGGGUGUCCCCAAGGCUGAAGGGACAGGGGGGCUGGGAGGGCUGUCCCGGUUCAGAAUGUCUCCAAGGACAUGCGGGACUGGAGGGGGGCUGUGCCCAAGGCCGGGGGGCUGGCAGGGCUGUCCCAGCACAGCGUGUCCCCAAGGGCAGCGGGGACGGGACGGUCACCGUGUCCCCUGGCGGCGCAGGGUGGUGUACCGCACCGAGUACCGCCAGGCCGUCCGCACCGACUACCGGCGGCGCUACCAGUGCUGCCAGGGCUACUACGAGAGCCGGGACUCCUGUCUCACUGCAGCCAGGAGUGCGUCCACGGCCGCUGCGUGGCUCCCGAGCUGUGCCAGUGCGAGCCGGGCUGGCGCGGCCCCAGCUGCUCCAGCGAGUGUGAUGAGCAUUCCUGGGGGCUGGACUGUGGACAGCGCUGCCCCUGCCACCAUGGGGCCCCCUGUGACCCCCUGAGCGGGGUCUGUUCCUGUCCCCCCGGCUUCACCGACCCCCUGUGCAGCCAGCCGUGCCCACCUGGCACCUACGGGCAGAGCUGUCACCUGCCCUGCCCCUGCCACCACCAGGCCCCCUGCAACGCCUCCACAGGCGCCUGCCUCUGCCCACCGGGGCUGAGCGGCCCCCUCUGCGAGGUGCCCUGCCCUGAGGGGAUGUCCUGUGCCACCCCCUGUCCCUGCCAGAACGGGGGCAUCUGCCACCCCUCCAGCAGCAGCACCUGCGUCUGCCCUCACGGAUGGAUGGGGGAGAUCUGCUCCGUGCCGUGCCCCCCCGGGCGCUUUGGGCCCGGCUGCCAGGGCGAGUGUCGCUGCCACAACGGGGGGCACUGUGACCCCCACGGGGGACAGUGCCAGUGCAGCCCUGGCUUCACUGGAGAGCAGUGCCAGGAGAGGUGCCCAGUGGGGCGCUACGGGCAGGACUGCCGGGAGAGCUGUGACUGUGCCAACGGGGGCCAGUGCUUCCACGUGGACGGGGGCUGCCUGUGCCAGGCCGGCUUCCAGGGCAGCCGCUGCGAGGAGCGGCACUGCCUGCCCGGCCUCUACGGGCUGCACUGCGAGAGCCGCUGCCUCUGCCACCCCCAGCACAGCCUGAGCUGCCACCCGAUGCUCGGGGAGUGCCUUUGCCUCCCGGGCUGGGCUGGGCUCUACUGCAAUGAGAGUUGCCCCCCCGGCUACUUCGGGCCUGGGUGCCUGCAGAGCUGCCUCUGCCUCCACGGGGGGGUCUGUGAUGGGACCACAGGCCACUGCCACUGCGCCCCCGGCUACACGGACGAGCACUGCUCCUCCCUGUGUCCCCCCAACACCUUUGGCCUGAACUGCUCAGGCCACUGCUCCUGCCAGCACGCCCUCGCCUGCUCCCCGCUCGACGGCUCCUGCUUCUGCAAGGAAGGCUGGCACGGACCUGACUGCUCGCUGCCGUGUCCUGCUGGUACUUGGGGUCCCGGCUGCAACCGGAGCUGUGACUGUGCCCAUGGGGGGUCCUGCGACCCCCAGAGUGGGACCUGCCACUGCCCCCCGGGCUGGCAGGGCCCUCACUGCCUGCAGCCCUGCCCGAACGGGACGUUUGGGGCGGGCUGUGGGGAGCGCUGCGUCUGCGCCCACGCCGACAGCUGUGACCCCGUGACAGGAGAGUGCCACUGCCUGCCCGGCUGGACAGGGCGGCAGUGCAAGCAGGGCUGUCCCCAGGGCUCCUGGGGCCGGGGUUGCCACAUGUCCUGCUCCUGCCGCAACGGAGCCUCCUGCUCCCCCCAGGACGGAUCCUGCACCUGCACCCCGGGCUACCGCGGCCCCAGCUGCCAGCGCCCCUGUCCGGCCGGCCGCUACGGCAAACGCUGCUCCCUGAGCUGCUCCUGUGCCAACGGCUCCUCCUGCCACCCCAGCAACGGCUCCUGCCUCUGCAGCCCGGGCUGGCGCGGCCCCCGCUGCUCCCAGCCCUGUGCCCCCGGGACCUUUGGGCUCCAGUGUGACCAGCUCUGCCACUGUCCCCACAACGCCACCUGUGACCCCACCAACGGGACGUGUCCCUGCGCCCCAGGCACGACUGGGCCCCGCUGUGAGGCUGGGAAUCCUGACCUGCCCUACACCAUCGAGCCAGCCCUCCCUGCAGCCUACAGCCCCCUGGGCAUGAUGCUGAGCCUGGUAGCCCUGGUGGUGCUGCUGGUGGCUGUGGUGGCCACAACCCUGUGCUGGCACCACUGGCAGAAGGACAAGGAGCGGCGGCACCUGGCCGUGGCCUACCGAGCAGGACAGACGGACACCUCAGACUACAUGGUGCCAGAUGUACCCCCGAGCCACCAUGCCCACUACUACUCCAACCCCAGCUACCACACGCUGUCCCAGUGCCCGCUGCCAGCCCCCCAGGACAGAGCCAGCUCCCUCAAGGUGCCUGGCACCCAGCUCUUCCCUGGCAUGGAGAGACCCUACAGCCCCGAAGGCAAUGCCACGCUGCCUCCUGACUGGAAACACCUCGGGGCAUCAGCCCUGGGCACCAGGGGGAGGCAGCUGGACAGGAGCUACACCUACAGCCAUGGCCUGAGGAAGGGUGACAGCAAAGAGCACCCCUGGGAGGGGCUGAGGGCCAGCGCCAGCUCCCUGGCCAGCGAGAACCCCUACGCCACCAUCAAGGAGCUGCCCCCUGCCAUGGCCAAGGCCCACGAGGGCAGCUACAUGGAGAUGAAAUCCCCUGUGCAGCGGGAGAUGUCCUACGCCGAGAUCGGGCUCCUUGAGGAGCCACCACAGGAUGAGAGUUGUCCUGAAGGGCUCGAAGGCCCCCCCAGCAGAGCCCCCCCCAGCCACUACGACUCCCCCAAGAACAGCCACAUCCCCAGUCACUACGACGUGCCACCUGCCCGCCACUACCCCCCGUCCCCACCGCUGCGCAGGAAGGACCGCUGAGGGACAUCAAGGACCGCUGAGGGACCUCAGGGACCAUUGAGGGACCUCAGAGACCAUUGAGGGACCUCAAGGAUCACUGAGGGACCUCAAGGACCACUGAGGGACCUCAGGAACCACUGAGGGACCUCAGGGACCAUUGAGGGACCUCAAGGAUCACUGAGGGACCUCAAGGACCACUGAGGGACCUCAAGGAUCACUGAGGGACCUCAAGGAUUACUGAGGGACUUCAGGGACCACUGAGGGACCUCAAGGAUCACGGAGGGACUUCAGGGACCACUGAGGCAUUUCAGGGACCACUGAGGGAUCUCAAGGACCACUGAGGGACCAGCCACGAGGGGACACAGGGUCCCUGAGGGGGCUGGAGUACCCUGGGACUGUUGUUGCUGUCCCAGCGGGUGGUGAAUAAAGGGUGUUUGG